AUGUCAUAAAAUAAAACAGCAGCAUCUUACUAAAAUAAUUUUAGCUAUAGAGAAAAUGUUAUGCUGAAUGAAGAGGAUCACAAAUUAUUUUAAAUGUUUCCAUACAAAUAAAGAGAUUCUGAAGUUGAAUAUGGAAGCUAUAUCUAAACAAGUAGAAGAGAUUUAUCUAUCAAAAACGAGGAAAUUAUUUAAGAAUACAUAUAAGAUAACACGAUUUUAAAUGCAAUAAAUGAAGCGUAAAAAUAAAAUUAUGAUAAGAUGUCAUAAACAAAGGAUGAUAAAUGCUCUAAUCUUGAUUUUCAAAAGCCAAAAAAUGGUAGUUAAAUUUAGGACUUAUAAAAAUUAUAAAAUGAAAAAAUAGAUACUUUAAAUGUUGCUAAUAAUAUAGAAGAAGUAGAAUAUAAAAAAGCGUAGCCAAGUAAACUAAUGAAUACUCUUAAGCUUUUACUUACCUACCAUUAGCACUAUUUAAUAAGUGAUAUAUCAAGCACUUACUCCAAAAAUUCAAAGCUAAAAAAGGGUGGAAAUAUACCUCUCUUUUUUUAUAUUUCAAAAGUAGAAGUUUCUACUUCGAUGAGAAUAUUAGUCAAUAUUUUUUAUGCUUUUAAGUGGAUAAAGGUUUCAGAUGUAUUAAAAUAGAUUGCAUUUUAUCUAUGCUAUGAAAAAGAUCAUAAAAAUAUCUUCGAUCUUUUGAAGCUUCUAAUUUUCGUGAUAGGAAUUUGUCAUAUUUUCUGUUUGUUUUGGCAUGGGUUAGUUAUGUUUGAAAUUAAUAGUGGGAUAACAAAUAAUUGGUUGGAAAGUAAAAAUCUACUUAAUGCUUCAAUCUAAGAAAGGUACAUUUAUUCUUUCUACUUUUUAGCUGUUACUAUGGCAACUGUAGGAUAUGGAGACAUCUCUCCUUAAAAUUAAUUUGAGGUUUUAUUUACAACAAUCACAAUUUUUGUCACAUGCAUCGUUUAUGCUUUUAGCUUAAAUACAAUUGGCGCAAUCAUAGAAAAUAUAGAAAAAAAGGACAAAAAAUACAAAGAAAAUUUGUAAAUAAUUCAUGCAUUAAUGAGGGAAGAAGAAGUUUCAAGAAAUCUUAAAAUAAAAAUAUCUGACUAUAUUGAAUAUCUCUAUAAAGAAUCAAAUGAGAUGUAGAGGAAACAAUAAAAACUGAUAAUUGAAAAACUCUCCACUAAAUUAAGAAAUGACCUUAAUUUAGAAAUUUAAGGAAAAUACUUGAGUAACAUUCCAUUAUUCAAAUAUAUUAAAGAGAAAGAUAAAGUAGCAAAGAUAAUGGAAGAGUAACUAUAUUCUCCUUCAGAAAUUAUAUUCACUUAAGGAGACAUAGACGAUUGCUCUCUUUAUUACAUAGUUAAAGGAAGUGUUUCUAUUGUUUUUGAGUGUGAUUAAAAUUCAAAUAGGGAAGAUACAUAAAUUGAUCUUUUAGAAAAUAGAAAAUAUUUUGGUGAAAUUUCAUUCAUAACUGGAAAUCCUAGAACAUAUACUGCUAAAGCAACUGACUUCUGCAAAAUAUUUAAAAUUAAUAGAUAAUAGUUUUUAUCAGUAAUAAAAGAGCAUGAUCAAGAUUAUGAAAAUUUUUAAAUGAUCAAAGAAGCAAUAACAUUUAAUAAUAAUUAUUAAUUUUGCUCAAUCUUUUGUUCAACAUGUAAAUCAGGAAAGCAUUUUUCUAUGCACUGUCCCCGCACUCAUUUAACAUUUACUAAAAAAAUUAUUAUUUCGAGAUAUAAUAGUCACUCUCCAUAAGAAAGAGCUCCAUGCAAAAGGAAAAAUAAGAAGAAAAAUUAUUUUAAAAAUUAAAUGUAGCUUUAAUAAGCUGUAUUAUAAAUUAAUAAUGUUGAGUCCUUAUCUGAAUUAAUCGAUCUAAUAGAAAAUGGAUCCUAUUAUUAAGACCAAAAUGAAAAUGAUGUUAAUUAUAAAUAGGAAAUUCAAUUAGGAUCAGAAAGAGGAAUACGUUUAAGAAAUAAUACUCUAUCUUCAAAUUAAAUUAAUAUAAAAAAUGAUAAUUUUGGAAGUUAAUUAGAUACUAUAAGAAAGCAUUAAAAUUCAAUAGAAAACUAACUAGAAAAAACUAUGGAUUAGUUAAAAAGAUAAAGUAUAAGUCGCCAAAGUAUAAUAUAAAAACAACCAAAAAAGUCAUUCCUCUUUUCAGCUAGCCAAAACUAAUAGUUGAUUUAAGAGCCUUUAAAAUUUUAAUAAUUAGACAUAAAUUAAAAUACUUAAAUUAGUAAUUCUUAAAUGUAAAUAUAAUCUUAGUCUUCAUUAUCUUCUUAAAAUGAUGAUAAUAGUUCAAUAGAUUCUAGUAAAAUCAUUGAAAACAAAAUAGAAAAUAAUUCUAAAGUUAAUUAAAACAUUGAAAAUAAAAUAGAAAAUAAUUCUAAAGCUAAAAAAAGUGUUUUAAUCACUGGUUCUCUAGAUGAAAAGCAAAACAAAAAUUAAAAUGUAUUUGAGCAAAAAGAUGAGAAUUUGUUAUAGAAAAGAUUCUCUUAAAUAUCUUAGAGAAGUGAUGGAAAUGAUUAACCAUUACAAAAUAUUAAACAUAUUGAUAAGCAAAAAAGUAUUAAUUAAUAAUUAAAUGAAAGAAUCAUGAGUUUAAUGAUUCGAGGAAAUACAAAAGAAUAUAGUUAGUUAGAUAAUUUAAAUGCAAUUUAAUACAAUACUUCUAAAAUAACAGAAGGAUAAAUUAAUAAAUUUAAUAAUCGCUAAAUAAAUGUUGAAUCCUUAACUUUAAAGUAACUUUAAUAGCUCUCUUCAGAUUAUAGCUUAAUUUACAUCUCUUAACUUUCUCCUAAAAAUAGCUAAAAUUAAUUCAGUUAAUAAAAUAUGUCAAAAACUAUUAAUGGUACUAAUUCAAUGAGCUCUGGUUAGUUUUCAAAAUAAAACUUAAUUGGAGUUAUUUAAAAAAGUGACAAAAAAUUUUAUGAAAUGAUUGAAUCUUCAGAUUAAGUGAACUAUAUGAUGCUAUAAAUUUUUGAUAAAGCUAAGUUAUAUAAGUAUUAUUGGCCUCAUUUUAACUACACUGAAGUUGUUAAAAAAUGGGUUUUAUAUUAAUCAUAAAUAUAAAAAGACUAUAUAUUUACAUAAAAAAGAAAAAGAUAAAAAACAAAUAGAAUGGUAAUCUAAUCUUAGCAUAAAUAAUAAAAAAUAUGA